UUUUUUUUUUUUACUUUUUUUUAUUAUUUUUUAUUUAAUUCUCUUUAUUUCAUAUGAAUACUGCCAAUUCAAAUAACUAUCCGCAAUUAACAUCAGCGACAUUCACUUCUCAACCAAGUACUGGUGAUUCUGACGAUGAAGACUAUGCAAACAACACAGACGCAACCGUGGUGCCACAAGACUCUACUAUUCGAGUGUCCCGUCCUGUUGUUCCUAUUGAUUUUGUUCUCCCUCGUCCCAUUUUAUCACAAAAAGAAUUAAAUGAUCUUGCUUUUAGACCAGCUGCACUGAAUACAAGGGUGACUUGUCGUAUAUGUCGAUUUCGUGAUGGCCUUGAUAAGCUAUACCCUCAAUACAAAUUAUAUAUUGAACAUCUUGCCACCGGGGAAAUUCAUCAUGUCAUGACCGCCAAGAAACAAAGGAAAAGUCAAACAAGUUAUUACACCAUUGUCGGUACCCUUCACCUAGUUGAUCCAAACCAACCAGGAGCGUUUUUGACAGAAGAGAUUGUUUUGGGAAAGGUGCGAUCCAACUUUUUGGGGACUUCAUUUGUAUUGUAUUCUCAUGGUAUUCAUCCUGAUAAGAAGAAAGAUCAAACUGGCAAAAUGGGUGAAUUACCUAUACGGGAAGAACUAGGCGCCGUAUUAUAUGAUCCAAACAUUCUUGGAUUCAAAGGACCUCGGAAAAUGACAAUUUUGAUGCAUACUUUGACUAGAGAUGGAAAACGACCAGAGUUCCGACCGGAAUCCGAAUCAGAUACUUUAUUGGCCAAAUAUCGUGAUGGUCAUGCAAAAGAUUUAUUAGUUUUACAUAACAAAAGUCCUCAAUGGAAUGAAGAAACACAAUCUUUUGUUUUGAACUUUAGUGGACGGGUGACCCAAGCAUCAGUGAAAAACUUUCAAGUUGUACAUGACAAUGAUUUGGACUACAUUGUUAUGCAAUUUGGUCGCGUGGAACGGGAUUAUUUUACAUUGGAUUACAAGUAUCCUAUUUGUCUAUUACAGGCCUUUGCCAUUGCCCUUACUUCUUUUGAUGCCAAGUUAGCGUGCGAAUAGUAAGAGUAGGUUUAGUUUAGAUAUAUUCCAAGGAAGGAGAAGGUGAUCGGUGCUUUGUUUGUUCUUAUCAAUGUCCCUCUUUUUCUUUUACGACUCCUUCUUGCCACUCCUCUCUCUCUACCCCUCUUACUUUCUUUUUCCCCCCUUUAGUUUAUAUCUGAUAUAUUUUUUUGAUAAUGAUUCAAUAAAGAAAAAAAAUAGAAGUAUUUGGAACA